AUGCACAGUAACAUUAAGAACAAUCUAUUGGAUGAGAAAUGUAGGCGGAACAAAGUGUUCCUGAUCAUCUCAUGUUUGAUGUUCGUCUUGUUCAUGGCAGUUGGUCUUGGAUUCUCUUUUAACGAUCUAGUACCAAGUAUUGUAAAGGCGCGAUCAUAUUCGCGGUCUGAAUGCCAGGUAGUCAACAAACAUAUAGAAACAGGUUGCUUUGAUGAGGAUUGCUACAGAUACAACUCACAGAUAUGGUGGUACAGAAUAUGGGGCGACAGCUUCUUCUUCAAAUAUGUAUCUCCAUCUGGUGACAAUGGUGACAGUGAUGGUAGUUCGAGCGACUCUAGUUCACUUUAUGACAAUGGCAAUAGUACAUCAUCAAAUGAUACAUCAACAUCUUCAUCUUCAUCUUCAUCUUCAUCAUCAUCAUCAGGAUGCAACAUCUUGAACAACUAUUGUGUACAUGGCAUUUCAAAUGUGACUUAUAUCGAUCGCUAUGGCAACAACAUAUCAACAUCGAUCAGUGGACUAUGGUCAUCUGACGAGUCAUGGGUACGGCACUACACAUAUCGAUACUCAGUGGGCUACACCUUUGCUUGUUAUUAUAACAAUGAUCAACCGACUGAAGUGAUGUGGUUUCCACCUCCCUACUACAACAAUGGUACACUGACAUUGGUCGUCAUCUUUGAUUCACUUGGAUUUAUCCUAUUAGCGAUCACCAUAGUAUACGCCGUCAAGUACUAUCGAAGUAAGCGAUUGUUGGAAGCGAGCAAUCAAUUGCCACUCUAUUUGCCAAUCAACAAUAUAAUCGAGGAAGAAGAGGAGGAAGAGACAUUAUUAGAUGAUGACAACGAAGACGAGGAAGAUGAUAUACCUAGCCAGUACUACCAAACGAAUGAUACGCCGAGCUUACAAUAG